CGAGAGUGUGGGUCGUGACUGAACCAGCGAGCGCUUGCUGAACAAUGAAUACACAUUACAACGACCGAGUCUCCUGCAAUUGUGUUCCUGCCAUCGGACAUGCUUAUCGGUGUCUCCCUCUAUUUUCUUUCGUCCUCGUGUGAUAUCGAUAUUCAGUAAAAUAAAGAUGAACCCAUUAGCAGUAUAUGUCUUAUCUGCUUUACUCUUCUAAUUUUAUUUCAUAAAUCUCUAUAUUCUCCGAGUAGAACCAACCUGUAGUGCGAUUUGUUCUAGCUUCGAAGGUUAACGAGGGAGAAAGAAUCAGUAUCAGUACAGCAUACUUGAAUUAUUAUGGCCACUCUGCUGAAUACGGCGUCUCCACCUGCAAACCUAUCAUCAAAAACAAAAGGUAACUGUGGUUUUGGCUUAUAUUCCCAGAUCCUAAAUAUUCGUAGGAUUUCCCUCCACAGGGAUUUUCCCAGAGUUUUGGCUUCCAUCCACACGGCUACUUCUUCAAAUGAUGCUGUUUUUACUCUGCCCAACUGGAGGGCAGGGAAGAGUGAUCCAAAAAGUAAGGAGCUCAGGCUUAAUGAUGCAUUUCUGUAUGUAGAGUAUAUGGUGGGUAAAGGCCACAAGCCUGAUGUAGCUCAAGCAACCCAGCUAUUGUAUGAUCUUUGCAAGGCUAAUAAGCUGAGGAAAGCUGUUAGAGUGAUGGAGAUGAUGAUAGGUUCAGGUAUUAUACCUUAUGCAGCUUCCUGUACAUAUUUGGUCAAUCAUUUGUGCAAGAAAGGGAAUGUUGGGCAUGCAAUGCAAUUGGUUGAGAAAAUGGAGGAACACGGGUUUCUAGUUAAUACCAUUACCUAUAAUACUCUAGUUAAAGGGCUUUGCAUGCAGGGAAAUUUAAACAAGAGCUUGCAGCUUAUAGAUAGAUUAACGAAAAAAGGAUUGGUCCCAAACGCAUUCACAUAUUCUUUCUUGCUUGAAGCUACUUAUAAGGAAAGGGGAGUAGACGAAGCCAUGAAACUCUUAGAUGAGAUAAUUGUCAAAGGUGGGGAGAGUAAUUUGAUUAGUUACAAUGUUAUAUUAACUGGGUUGUGCAAGGAAGGUAGAACUGAAGAAGCCUUUAAACUGUUCAGGGAAUUGCCUGCAAAGGGGUUUCACCCUAGUGUUGUGAGUUAUAACAUUUUGCUGAGGAAUUUGUGUUAUGAAGGGCGGUGGGAGGAGGCAAAUGAGCUAUUAGCAGAGAUGUAUGAAGAGGAUCAGUCCCCCUCUGUGGUUACCUACAACAUAUUGAUUACUUCUCUUGCCCUCCAUGGAAGAAUAGAACAUGCUUUCAAGGUGUUGGCUGAAAUGACAAAGAGUGGAUUUAAGGCAACUGCAACUAGCUAUAAUCCAAUUAUUGCUUGUCUCUGCAAGGAAGGGAAGGUUGAUCUUGUAGUUCAGUGUCUGGACCAAAUGAUUUUCCGGUACUGUAGUCCUAAUGAAGGAACGUACAAUGCUAUUGCUAUGCUUUGUGAGGGAGGGAAAGUGCAGGAAGCAUUCUCCAUAAUUCAAAGUUUGGGUAAUAAACAAAACUCCCCUAUGCAUGAUUUCUAUAAAAAUGUGAUUUGGAGCAUGUGUAAGAAAGGGAACACGUAUCCAGCCUUUCAAAUAUUAUAUGAAAUGACAAAGUAUGGAUUUACUCCAGAUUCUCAUACUUAUUCAUCUUUGGUAAGAGGAAUGUGUAGGGAAGGCAUGUUUGAUGGAGCUAUUGAGAUAUACAGGAUUUUGGAAGAAAAUGGGUACAAGCCUGACACUGAUAAUUAUAAUGCGCUCUUACUUGGCCUUUGUAAAUCUCAUAGAACAGACUUGUCAAUGGAUAUAUUUCAGACAAUGAUUGAUAAAGGAUGUAUGCCUAAUGAAACAACUUAUACCAUUCUCAUUGAAGGGCUUGUUUUGGAAGAAGAAAAGGAUAUGGCAGCCAAUCUUUUGAAAGAGUUGCAUCAAAAGGAGGUCCUGAGCCAGUGUACUGUAGAGAGACUUAUUAUGCAGUAUGACCUCCAGGAUUUAGCAGAUUAGAAACAUUUUCCUUUAAAGAAUAGAUAUGGCCACAGAAAGUGAACUGGGUCAUGAAUGCUGUCAAUUGUCAAAUAUGAAUGAACUCGGGUUUUGGAGGCCUUUGUGCUUGAUGACCCCUAGGCUGUUGAUAGUAACUGAAACAUGGCCAGGGAAUUCACUGCUGUCUGCAUCCUCUCCCAAGCUUCAACUUCAAAACUUUCAGUUUUUUGCAGGUGGGAUUGAAUUGUGGCUUCUUAACAAGGAAAAGAAUUCCUAUUGUUCAUUCCUAUGUAGGUUUACUUAAAAGGGAUGGUGCUAAUUAUGAUGAUUGAUUGAUUUUUUUUCUGACGUUAACUAUUUCUUUUGAGCAUAUGGGUCUUACAGCCAUAGUAAAUCUCAAGGUUUCAUAGAUUGUUGUCCUCCACUCUUUCUUGUAGUGAUCUUGAAAGUUGAAAUGCACGUGCAACUUAGAAAAAUAAUGCAAUGCUAAUGUGCAUGGUAGCCAGGGAUUUGGUUUACCAUUUUGCAAGAUAAA